AUCUGCCAAAGUAAUGGCAAGGGGUAAUCAAGGAACGGUAAAAAAGACUGCUCUUAUUGCAUCUCAACCAAAAAAGACAGUCAAGGUCCCUGCUAAAAGAUCAGGUUUUCAUAAGAAACCAAAAAGAACUUAG